CUCUCACGAGGUUUUAACGAACAAGAUUUGCACAGCGAUUUCAAAGCAGCGUUUAGUAAUCGCUGAUAAAAGUGAAGCGAUCGAAAUCAAAUGAGAUAACUUCCUGAUUUGGUCGUGCUACUCCGCAUUGAGAAAUACGUCGAAUUUGAUCACAUACAUUGUCUGUGGAACAUCGAUCAGGCCUGGCGUCAAGCAUCGGACAUCAAUUUCUCAUUUGUGUACUCUGGCCAGCUCUUGAAAGCUAUCAACUGCACUUCGCUUCAUCCAAAACGCAACUACUGAACCAAUAUCAUCGUCCAAUUAUUUCGGCCUUGGACCGUAUCUCAAACCUCAAAGUCUCGGUUUAUAGGCUGGUUUAUAUCGUAGAUUCGGCUUAUCAGUUGCUAUCCAUUCGAAUCUCGCAAGGAAACUCCAGGCAUCCCUUCGCAUAAAUCCAAUAUGCUUGAAGGAUUACAGGGUCAAGCGCUGAUUCUGACAGUUUCGACCUUGACAGCAUUGAGUUUCAUGCUGAUUGGUUAUGACAACGGUGUAAUCGGAGGAUUAACCGGGUCGCCAGCAUGGAACCGUGUAUUCGACAGUCCGACAGGCAGUGCUCUCUCCACAAUCGUGGCAAUCUACGAAAUUGGAUGCUUCGCCGGUGCUCUGUUGACAUUCGCCAUUGGGGAGCGAUUAGGACGACGAAAUAUGCUGAGGUUGGGCUCUCUAUGGAUGAUUGUAGGAGCUCUUUUGCAGACUUUUGCCUUUGGGCGCCUACAAAUGAUCAUUGGUAGGGUCGUAAGUGGUAUCGGCAUGGGUUGCAUCAACUCCACUGCCCCAGUCCUACAAGCUGAAUUUAGUCCCAAAGCUAGCCGAGGUCGUUACGCAUGCGCGCAGCUCUCGACUUUGAAUUUCGGUAUCUUUCUAAGUUAUUGGAUUGACUACGGUAUGACCAGAGCUUUUGACGGGGAGAUCACGUUUAGAUUCCCAAUCGGAUUCCAAUUGAUCCUCAUUGUUCCAAUACUUGUAUUGACUUUCAUCGUACCCGAAUCACCACGUUGGCUAUUGUACCAUGGUCAUUCGUCCGAGGCCAUAAAGGUUGUGGCCCGCCUGGAAGCCAGAGCAGCUGACGACGAAAUUGUUCAGGCGAAGUACAGAGAGAUGGAAUCCAAUGUUGCAUAUGAGAAAUCUGUACAGGUAUCAGGGUACCGUGAGAUGUUUAGAAAUGAUGGACUCUCAACUAGACGGAGACUCGCAAUCGCAUGUUCAGUCCAAUUCUUUCAACAAUUGGGCGGAAUAAACGGCAUCAUCUACUAUGCAAACUUUAUCUUUGCGAACUCUGUUGGUUUCUCAGCGAACAUGGCUAGUCUCAUGUCUGGAUUCCUCUUUACUUGGUUCUUCGCCGCUUCUUUUAUCCCAUGGUUUUUGAUUGAUACCAUAGGCAGACGAAAAUUACUUAUCAGCUCAACCUUUUUCAUGGGAUGCGUCUUUGCCGUUCUUUCAGGGGUCAUCAAACAAAUAGAAGAUAAAGUUGCUCAUUCGUACGAGUACGGAGUUGCCGCAGCCGUACUUUGUUUUCUAUACAUGGGUGCUUUCACCACGGGUUUUCAAGCCACUGUUUGGGUCUACCCACCGGAAGUACUACCGCUCCGUAUUCGGGGCAAAGGGACGGCUCUUGCUACGGCUUGCAAUUGGAUCAUCAAUUUUGCUGUCGUGGAGGUCUUUCCUCCUGCCAUUGACAACAUCGGUUGGAAGGUGUAUCUGAUCUUCAUGGUCUUCAACUUCUCCUUCGUACCCAUCAUGUUCUUUUUCUAUCCAGAGACCAAAGGCAAGUCGUUGGAAGAAAUAGAUUUACUUUUUGGAGACAGCAUCAAUUCAGAUAUUCGCAAAGAUAUACUAGGAAGAUCAUUAACUUCCACCAGCGCAGAGUAUAGAGAUCUACCUAGUCAAUCUGGAGGCGAUAUAGAAAGCCAGAAGUAAAAGUCCAAUUGUUGAAGAGACCAACAACAGUGGAGAGUAUCAAUUUUUCUUUAAAACUUCAUUACUGUUUGAUUAGCUUUUUCCAAAUCCUUUAAUAAUUUCUUUUCUUUCAUCUUUCUUGUAUCAUCAAUGGCGGUCGUUCUAGUCUGUUUAAUUUUUCUGUCAUCUUGUUUAUCAUCUUACAUUGUUGCUUUUUUCUCUUUUUUUCGCAUCAAUGUUUUGUAUCAUUCAAAAGUUAUCUAAUAUGUUUGAAAACGUGCAAGAUGCCGAGGCCAUUGUGACAUGAGAAAACGGUUACGCAUUUUAAUGAACAACAGAUAAUCUUCUGUAAUUCCGU